UUAUAUAUAACCACAUACGUACGCUUAGUAUUCUACCACUUUGAGUUCUCUGCAACUUUUUUUCUUCUGGUAACACCUCUUUGUUUUUUAACUGCAGAUUCUUCUUUUUUGUGCUUUUGCUUUAAAAAGGAAAUUAGUUGGUUUGCUCUGGAAAGUAAUGCUAUAGAUCAUUGUGUCAUCAAUUCAUCUAUUUAAAGGCGGAUUCCGAACGAAGUGCCCUUAUUAUGGAAGACUCAGGGUCUAGUGAUCACUCGUCUGUAAGUACAGGAUAUGGAACUUAUGGAACUGUUGGUUCUGUUGUUGUUGUUAUUCUUAUACCUUUAUUGAUAUCUGUUGUGUUUGUGGGGAAGAAGAAGGUUAUGAAGGUACGAGGAGUUCCCGUAGAAGUUGGCGACAGGGAAGGUUAUACCAUUAGAAAUGCUAAACAUCCGAGCUUGCUCGAAGUCCCUUGGGAGGGGGCAACUACCAUGGCCGCGUUGUUUGAGCAGUCUUGUAAAAAGCAUUCGCAAUAUCGGUUUCUUGGAGUUAGGAAGCAAAUUAGCCGGGAAUUUAUUGAAGCUGGUGACGGUAGUGGUAAGAAGUUUGAGAAGCUGCAUUUGGGAGAGUAUGAAUGGCAAACUUAUGGUCAAGUGUUUGAUCGUGCUUGCAAUUUUGCUUCUGGGCUUAUUGGAUUGGGCCAUGAUCAGGAUGCUCGUGCUGCAAUUUUUUCCGAUACUCGAGCAGAAUGGUUCAUUGCCUUACAGGGAUGUAUGCGGCAAAAUGUUACUGUUGUUACUAUAUAUUCUUCACUUGGUGAUGAGGCCCUAAUCCAUUCACUCAACGAGACUCAAGUGCAAACCUUGAUUUGUGAUUCCAAGCUAUUGAAAAAGUUGGCUGCUAUAAGCUCAAAAUUAACGGCAAUUAAGAAUAUAAUUUACUUCGAAGAUGGGGAAAGUGCUAUCCCUGAAAGUAUGAGCGACUGGACAGUUUCAUCUAUUUCUGAAGUUGAGAAACUGGGAAAAGAUAAACCUCUUCCUCCAAGUCUACCUUCCAAGAAUGCAGUUGCUGUUAUCAUGUAUACAAGUGGCAGCACAGGCCUACCUAAGGGAGUUAUAAUUACUCAUGGCAACAUUGUAGCCACCACUGCAGGCGUUAUGUCAGUAAUCCCAAAAAUUGGUACGAACGAUGUUUAUAUGGCGUACUUGCCCCUAGCACAUGUUCUUGAACUGGCCGCUGAGUGUGUAAUGUUAACUUCAGGCUGUGCAAUUGGCUAUAGUUCCGCAUUGACUUUAACAGACACGUCCAAUAAAAUCAAGAAAGGAACCAAAGGAGAUGCUUCUGUUCUAAAGCCAACUCUCAUGGCUGCAGUUCCAGCUAUACUAGAUCGUGUCCGGGAAGGAGUUCAGAAAAAGGUUGAUGCGAAGGGGGGACUAGCAAAACAGCUUUUCAACAUUGCAUAUAAGCGACGGCUGGAAGCCAUAGAAGGAAGCUGGUUUGGUGCUUGGGGACCAGAGAGAAUGCUCUGGGAUUCUAUUGUUUUCAAACCAGUUCGUGCAGUACUUGGUGGACAAGUUCGAUUCAUGCUUUGUGGUGGAGCUCCUUUAUCCGGGGAUUCUCAGCGGUUCAUCAACAUCUGUAUGGGGGCUAUCAUUGGCCAGGCUUACGGCUUGACAGAAACAUGUGCAGGAGGUACCUUUUCUGAGUGGGAUGACACGUCUGUGGGCCGUGUUGGACCUCCUCUUCCUUGUUGCUAUACCAAGCUUGUGUCUUGGAAAGAGGGUAGUUAUUUGACAUCUGACAAGCCAAUGCCCCGAGGAGAGAUUGUAAUCGGGGGACACAGUAUAACUUCUGGUUACUUUAAUAAUGAAGAAAAGACUAACGAGGUCUACAAGGUUGAUGAUAGUGGCAUGCGUUGGUUUUACACAGGUGAUAUUGGACGCAUUCACCCUGAUGGUUGCGUUGAAAUUAUUGAUAGGAAGAAGGAUAUUGUCAAACUUCAACAUGGUGAAUAUGUCUCCCUCGGAAAGGUUGAGGCAUCAUUGGUAUCGAGUAGCUAUGUAGAUAAUAUAAUGGUAUACGCAGAUCCCUUGAAGAACUAUUGUGUUACUCUAGUGGUCCCAUCACAUCAAGCACUCGAGAAAUGGGCCAGGGAAGCUGGUAUAGAAUACCAGAAUUUUUCAGAGCUCUGUGACAAGAAAGAAGCUGUUGCUGAGGUUCUACAAUCUCUUUCCAAGGCAGGGAAAGCUUCGAAACUGGACAAGUUUGAAAUUCCUGUGAAGGUGAAGCUGCUACCGGAACCAUGGACGCCGGAGUCCGGCUUAGUUACAGCUGCUCUCAAAAUAAAGAGGGAACAGCUGAAAGCCAAAUUUAAAGAAGAGCUCCAAAAGCUUUACGAGUGAAAUGAUGUUGAAUAUGUGUUCUUUCUUGUUUUUGGGCACUUAAAUUCUGUAGCUGCUAUGAAGCUUUUUCAGUAGACGGGUUUGUAUGCUCCUCUGCUGGAGCUUGGAGGUCUGUUUUGGCGGUUGUGACGGUUGAAUCUUGUCAGUUGAUGAUGUUGUGGGACAGAAUGUAAGUUGCCGGUUUGAACAUUAAUUUGAUCUCUAAAUUAUUAGAGAAAUAUACUUUUCUCCUAACCAGGAUAAUGUAUGUUGAUGUUUUAUAGAGAACUGCAUUAAUAAAGCAUCUUGCCUGUUCGUUUU